AUGGAUGCGGCUCCAAGCGCCAAGCGGCGUCGCCAAAGCUCCGAUCCUGCGGAAAACGGCUCGGCAUCAAAGCUUCCAAUUGCCGCUUUUCGCGAGGGCAUCGUCAAUGCCGUCCGACAGCAUCGAGUUGUUGUUCUUGUGGGAGAGACUGGAAGUGGAAAGACCACGCAGGUGCCUCGCUUUCUGUAUGAAGCCGGCCUCAAUGGAAGAUCGGAAGCUCACCGAACCAUUGCCAUCACACAACCUCGGCGAAUCGCAGCGAUCAGUGUGGCUAACCACGUGGCGUCGGAAAUGGGCUGCCAAGUUGGAGGCCUUGUCGGCUAUCACGUCCGGUUUCUGAACCGGACAUCUCGUGAGACGGUGCUCAAGUGCUGGGAUGGCUUGAGUGGAUACACGGUGUCACAAUGUGAGAGCCCCUUCGUUGCUGCAGGCCACAAUUCUGGACUUCGUGCUUGUUCCAUUGUUGUCCUAGACGAAGCGCACGAGUUUACGGCUUGGAAGCGCAGUAUAGACACAGAUGUUCUACUGGGUCUGGUGAAGAGGGCGUCACUCUCAGCAGUCUCAAGUGCUCUUAGUCGGGUCGUGGUCAUGUCCGCCACAAUCCACGCUGCCCCCUUUGUGAACUUCUUUGGUGGACCAGACAAGGUGCACUUGCUCCAGGUCCCGGGACGGCAGCAUGCCGUGCAGCUGUACUACGCGCCUUCGCCUGAGCCUGACGUUUUGGAGGCUGCGAUGUUGGCAGUUCUUCAAUUGCACGUCACUCGCCCUCUCGGUGACAUCCUGGUGCCCGGUCAAGAGGAGAUCGAUGGCCUUCAACGGCUCCUGGAGGAGAAGCAGGAAAUUUUGGCGAAGCAGAGGCCUUUUCCCCCCUUUUCAGAAAGACCUGGACCUUGA